AUUCCUUCUUUCUUGAAGAAGCAAAAGAGGAAGAAGAGAAGAGAAGAGAAGGGAGCAGAAUCUAUUGUUUUGGAUUUUAAUCGGAGGGAGUUUAUUCCGACGAUUGGUUUGGUCUUAAAUUGAAUCUUAAUUGGAGGGGUUUUGGUUUGGCAGAGAAGAUGAUGGUAGCUAAUAGUUUCGAUCUUUGGCAAAAGGAUGUUUUUUUCUCCGCUGCUGAGGAGGUUCAAGAAUCUUCUGAUAUAAUGGAGUCUGCAUAUAGGUUGUGGAUUAAAGAGAAGAGAGAAGGUAGUCGAGUAUCCUUGGAUUCAGACGAGCUCUGCAAAGAACUCCAAGCUGCUUUGAGUACUGCUAAAUGGCAGUUGGAAGAGUUUGAGAGGGCUGUGAGGUUGAGCCAUGGCAAUUGUCGAGAUGACAAUACAUUGACUAGGCAUAAACAGUUUGUUGCCGCUAUUGAAAGCCAGAUUUAUCGAGUAGAAUCUGCUCUGCAAGAGGCGUUAAGUGAGAAUGGGAAACAACCUUUGCGUUGGGUGGAUCUUAACAAAGAAGAGCGUGAUGACCUUGCUAUGUUUCUAUCUGGAUCUUCUCAGACGUCAGAGAGUUUAAACAGUGAUAGCAUCAACUUGAGAGAUUCCUCAACAAGUUCCAUAGCAGAGAAUCCACGUGGGGUGAAUGGUAGAAGAGAGGCUAGAUGUUACGGUGACAGUCCUUCUGACUGUGUGAUAGACAUUGAUGAGAGAGGAAGCCCGGAAAGUGCUGAUGCCAUGAUCCGCUUGCAAGCAGAUAAAAAAGCCGGUACAAGAAGAACAUGGAGUUCACCAAAUGUACCAAAUAUCAAUGCGUUGAGGAUCAAUGUUCCCUUUAAUGCUAAAGAAGAAGAGAGGAAGAAGUUUCUGUCACAAAUCGAAGCCACUCCUAAAGAAAAAGGAUCUAAACCUCUGUUUUGGCUGCAGAGAUGUCGUGAUUUUAACCAGCUCUUUGACAGAGUCGGUUUAUAUCAAAGGCGAUUUCGUGUUCCAUUUAGCCGCCCGAUUCAGCUCAUUCUUUCCUUAAUGCUAAUCUUGUUUCUUCUGAUACCGUUUCAAGUUUAUUCAUCUUGAGAACCUACUAAAACAAUGGUUUCGGAAACUCUCAAGAAAAAGUGACAGGUUGUGUUUCACAGACUCUUGCGUAUUUGGUUACACAUGUUAGAUGGAUGCUACAUGAUUCAACAUCCCUGAAGAAGGACAAGAGAGGUUAAAUAAAGCUUUGUCAAGAUUCAAAAUGCUUUUAUUAAUCCACAGGGAACAUAUAGGAGACCUGUAAAUUUGUAAGACCAAUUUGUAAAACAUGAAGCUACGUUUCGUAAAACAUUAGACGUGUACCUGUAGAAACCAAAAUGCGUGUUGUGUUCAAUGAAAUCUCCAGUGUUUGUUUGUCUCUCAGA